AUGUUGCCCGCCACGGCGGAGAUAGCAGUGCUCACGGACGAUAUCACGACGGUUGCAGUUGCGGACGCGGUGCAUCGUGCUCAGGCCCAGUCUAGGCCGGGCAUCGACGGGGUUGGACACGAACUUUUCAAGACGUUCCUGUCGGUGCUGCUACCAGCGUUGCACACUGCUUUCCGUGUGUGUUGGAAGCACGGUAACGUGCCUGCCGUGUGGAAGGUGGGCACAGCGCAGCUCAUGUCACAGAGAGCCCAUGGAACCCGUAAGCAACGAACUGUGUUGUUGAUGUGGCCAAGUGCCUUGUGA